UUUGGUAGGUUUGGGCUAUAAAAAUGCUUUAAUUUCAACGACUUGUUUCAACUUUGAAGUCACUCAUCCAUUCUUCUCUUCCUUACAAAGUUUUCCCUCCUCCUAAGAUUCAAGAUAUGGCUAUUGGUGGGAGAAGAAGGUUCUCCUUUUCUGCUCUUCUUGAUCAUCAUCUUCUCCUUCCAACUUUGUUAAUCACCAUACUUUUUCAAAGGGCUGUGGCUGAUCAUGAAUCCAAUAUCUUAAAUUACACAAGGCAUCGCCAAGUCAGUGGAAUGAGACUUGAAAGGAUUAGCAGGUACUUGGAGAAGAUUAACAAGGCUCCUGUUCUCACCAUAGAGAGUCCAGAUGGGGAUCUCAUAGAUUGUGUUCACAAAAGAAAACAACUAGCUUUCGAUCACCCUCUCUUAAAGAAUCAUAAGAUUCAGAAAGCGCCAACGGAGAUGCCAAGAGGGAUGAAUGUGACAAGAGAUGAAAAUAGAAACAUGGAAGGGGAAGGAGGAAAAGAGAAUAGGCCAAAAGAGGCUGUAUGGCAAAUGUGGCACCGAAAUGGAACUUGGUGUCCAAAAGGGACGGUUCCCAUACGGCGGAGCACAGUGGAUGAUGUGUUGAGAGCAAAGUCUUUGUAUGAGUUUGGCAAGAAACCGCCAGGAAUGCUUCCUCUCUCUCGCCGUACUGCCAAUGUCUCCCCUAAUGAUAUAUUCAGCAACAAUGAUCAUGAGCAUGCAGUCGCUUACACAGGAUUGGGAUCGGAUUCGCCACAAGAGAUUUACGGAGCAAAAGCAUCAAUAAACGUGUGGGAGCCAUCUAUUCAAGUGAUGAACGAGUUCAGCCUCUCACAAAUUUGGCUCCUUUCAGGUUUCUUCGAUGGUUCUGAUCUCAACAGUAUCGAAGCUGGGUGGCAGGUCAGUCCACAGAUCUAUGGUGACAGCAGACCCAGAUUGUUCACUUAUUGGACGAGUGACUCAUAUGGGAAAACUGGAUGUUACAACCUUCUCUGUUCUGGUUUUGUUCAAAUCGAUAGCAGGAUAGCCAUUGGAACUGCAAUUUCUCCUCUCUCUUCUUAUGCUGGCAACCAAUAUGAAGUCACCAUCCUCAUUUGGAAGGAUCCAAAUGUGGGAAAUUGGUGGUUGAGUUAUGGUGACAACAUAUUGGUGGGGUAUUGGCCCGCGGAGCUGUUCACGCACCUAGCAGACCACGCCACGGGGGUGGAGUGGGGCGGCGAGGUAGUGAACACACGGGCCAAUGAUGAACACACGUCCACCCAGAUGGGCUCCGGCCACUUUGCCGAGGAUGGUUACGGAAAAGCAAGCUACUUCCGGAACAUUGAGAUUGUGGACGUGACUAACACUCUUAGAUCAGUGCAGAACAUCACAACAAUAGCAGAAACCUCGAACUGUUACAACAUUCAGACCUCCUACAGCAAGGAAUGGGGCACGUAUUUCUACUAUGGUGGACCUGGGAAAAAUCCACAGUGUCCGUGACUAUUAAAUUAGCUAGUUGCCGUAUAUAUCCAUUAUCAUGGACACAAGAAGUUUUCACUUCCAGUUACUCGUUACUUAUACGUAAUAACGUAAAUGACAUAGAAUUACUUUGUGCUGUUUCCA